AUGAGUACCAAGGGAAAAGUUAUUAAAUGCAAAGCAGCCAUUGCCUGGGAAGCAGACAAGCCCCUCUGCAUCGAAGAGGUUGAGGUAGCUCCCCCAAACCCUCAUGAAGUCUGAAUUCAGAUAAUCGCCACUUCCAUAUGGCAUACUGAUGUUAAGACUGUUGAUCCAAACUUUAAAGAGGUUCUUUUCCCUGUUAUCCUUGGCCAUAAGAGUGCAGGAAUUGUGGAAAGCAUUGGGCCAGGAGUGACCAACUUCAAACCAGGUGACAAAGUAACUCCAUUCUUUAUACCUUAAUGUAAAAAAUGCAAGUUCUGUCUAAGUCCACUCACAAAUUUUUGUAGAAAAAAAUCAGUAUUUUAUUCAUCCCCCCUUAGGAAAUUUGAUAUUCCUACUAUUAAUCAAGAACUAAUGUAAGACAAAACUAGCAGGUUUACUGCAAAGGAAAACCUAUUUUCCAUUUCAUGGGAGAGUUCAUUCUCACAAUACACUGUGGUAUCAGACGUUAAUCUUGCCAAAAUACAUAAUGAAGCAAAUUUAGAGAGAGUUUGUCUGAUUGGAUGUGGAUUUUCAUCUGGCUAUGGGGCUGCAAUCAAUACUACCAAGGUCACCCCUGGUUCUACUUGUGCUGUCUUUCGCCUAGGAGGUGUUGGUCUUUCUACCAUAAUUGGUUAUAAAAUAGCAGGAGCUUCCAGAAUCAUUGCUAUUGACAUCAAUAGUGAGAAGUUUACAAAAGCCAAAGUCCUAGUAGCCACUGAUUGUUUCAAUCCUAGAGACCUAGAUACACCCAUCCAGGAGAUCAUCAAUGAAUUAACCAAUGGAGGUGUAGAUUUUGCCUUUGACUGUGCAGGAGGAUCUGAAACUAUGAGAACAGCCCUAGACUGCACAGUAGUAGGUUGGGGUGUGGUUGGAGCAAUUGCUGAUGACAAAGGAUUUAAUGUUUCUCCAGUGGAACUAAUAAUGGGUCAUACUAUAAAUGGGACAUUCUUUGGUGGUUGAAAAAGUGUAGAUUCAGUCCCUCAGCUGGUUACUGACUACAAGAAUAAGAAAUUUGAUCUAGAUAUUUUGGUGACACAUACCCUGCCUUUUGACAGAAUUAAUGAGGCAUUUGAACUAAUGCACCAAGGAAAAAGUAUCUCAACAAUCCUG